AUGGAACGUAUUCUUCUUGCUGCCGUUUAUCCAAAUCUAACUGAACUUAAACUCUUCAAUUUCGAACAACAAAUUGC